AUGUCGCAGCCUGAGGGUCCGGUUUUCUCGGCUGUCUCUAGCUCUGUUCACCAGUUACAUAUUCUCUUGCGGUGCAUUGGAUUCUCUCAGAAAGCUUCAGUUCAAAUAACCUCGCAAGGCAUUCGGUUCUCUGCUGAAGAUAGGCGAGUAAUGCAAGGGGUCGCAUUUCUUGACAGAAGACUUUUUACCAAUUAUAUAUUCAAUCCACCGUCCGAGGACUCCAACAAUUCUACCAUUUCAGACGACGAGGGAGGUGGAGGUGGCUUCGAAAGUGCUGUCUCACCGCUGUUUUUGAUUUCUCUGUCUGCCCUGAUCGAGACACUCCAGAUCUUUGGUCUUAAUGAUGCCUCAUCAAAUUCCAAUUCUGCAACGAAUGCACCCACUUCAACAACUUUAAACGCAUUUUCAGGACCAGCGUUACUCCUAAACCGCAUUUGCAACAUCAGCUACAUCAAACAAGGAUCACCACUGACUAUCACUUUAUCAGAGGCUGGCGUGACUACCACUUGCGAACUGACUACAUACGAACCGGACGACCUAGAUAUGGAUUUUUCAGCUGGAGAUCGUGAUAUCCCAUUGCAACGUGACGCCAUUGUAUUCAAGUCCAUCAUGCGUUCAAUGUGGCUCCAUAACGCCAUCAUGGAACUGGAUUCCACGAACCCAACCGUAUUAUCAUUCAGCGUAUCCGCAACCAAAGCACCGUAUUUUGCCCUUACCGCCUCUGGCGGCCCAUUCAGCGAAUCCACCGUGGAGUUCUCAAUCGACAAAGACCCCGCCGCAGCAGGAGCUGCGAAUGAACCUGUGUACAAGACACUUGGAGGCGAUGACGGAAGCACUUCCUCAAGACAACAACAAGCACGGCGUGGCAAACUUGCGCCAACUGUCACGGAGACUUUCCUUGUCAAUUCACCAUCCAGAUCCAGGGUUCGUCAGAGGUAUAGAUUUGCACUUAUCCAUAAAGCGCUGCGUGCAAUGGCUGUUUCGAGCAAAGUCAGUAUUCGCAUUGAUAGGCAGGGUGUUUUGAGUUUACAGUUCAUGAUAGAUUUCGGGGAGGAUGAUGGCCUAGAUGGUAGAGGUGGAGCUCAACAGCCUAUGGCAAGUAAGAUGGAAAACUCUGGUUUUGUGGAUUUUCGAUUUGUGCCGUUGGUCGAUGACGAUGAUGAGGAUGAGGAUGAGGAUGAGGGUGAAAGGGAUGGUGCUGGUGACGAUUGA